AUGUCUACGAACGGCGUGACUCCUUCAAAGAUUGGAGUCAUCUCCAUCGGCGACAUGGGUGUCGGCAUAGCCAAACUGCUUAUCGCCAAAGGCUUCAAUGUCGCGACCAAUGUCAAGGGCCGCAGCGAAGACACCAUCCAGCGCGCCCGUGACGCAAACGUAGAACUCAUUGACUCAGACUUCGAUCUGGUCUCCCAGUGCGCCGCAGUCCUCUCCGUCGUGCCCCCGCGCGACGCCGAGGCCACGGCCCAACGCAUCAUCGACGCCCUCCAAGGCGCCAAACGACCGGUGCCGCUCUACUUUGUAGACAUGAACGCCGUUGCCCCGUCCACCUGCAAAUCCAUGUCCGAGAACUUCGCCCGCUCCCGCGCGCCCGCGGUCUUCAUCGACGCCUGCAUCAUCGGCGCCCCGCCGCGCCAUCGCUCGGCCCCGAACGCCGGCACCAACGUCUCCUCCUCCUCAGCCCCGCAGUCCGCCGACGAUGACGAUUGGUCCGUCCCCGGGAUGCCCAUGUCCGGCCCCCACAAGCUGGUCGACUUCCCGACGGCAGAGGGCGAGGCCGAGAGCCUGGGGGCGAGGUUGAGCGGCGUCCUCGGCGGCAAGCACAUAUCCCCCGAGAUCGGCGCCGCGAGUGGGCUGAAGAUGUGCUUCGCCUCCAUGUCCAAGGGGUUCACCGCCCUCGCGACGCAGUCCUUCACCACGGCGUCGCGGCUGGGAGUUCUGGAUCACCUGCGCGACGAGCUGUCCGCCAGACUGCCGACGCAUCUGCAGUUCGCGGAGAAGGGGGUCACGACCAUGCCGCCCAAGGCGUACAGGUGGGUGCGUGAGAUGGAGGAGAUUAGUAAGACGCACUCUGAGGAGGGGGGUUUCGGGCCGGAGAUGUUUCUAGGCGCCGCCGGCGUGUAUAAGGCAGUCGAGGAGUCGCCUCUGGGAGGGGAGAAGAUUGGCAAGAGGAAGAGGGGCACGACGCUUGAAGAUGUCGCCGCUGCUAUGGCUGAAGGGUUCGAACGGAAGAAGAAGAAGACGGAAUAA